AUGUUCGUAACCGUUCGCAAUGGCCCUGACGACGCGCCACAGCCGAUGGCAGUUCCACUCUCUCACUUCUCUGCACCACCAGGCAUGGCAGUCGCACAACACGGCCCCGCACGUCGCGUCGUUGUCGCACAGCCUCCCUUCGCCACGCAAGCCGCGUAUGCAAACCCUAACGACACGACGAAAACUCUUGACGAACGGUUUCGCGCUCUAUCCGCCCAGCGCAGUCAAAGCGUCCGUCGUGCGGAGGCAAAAGCGCGCCAAGCCGAAGCACGGCAAUCGGCUCUAGCUGCGCAGCGGAAAGUAUCUUCUGCCGCCGCUCCUUCCGCUCCCCCGUCCGCUUCCGCGCGUGCAGGCGGAAAGCAAACAGGGGGAGGCGGGAGCACCCGCCCCAGCAGCACUGCAGCGAACGGGUCUAAAUCGAGGAGCAAACCCGCAGCUGCCACGUCAUCGGCGAAAAAGCCCGCCGCGGCCGCAGCGGUACCAGCAACCCCGCCCAUACAGUCGCGUCUCACCUUUCCCGGCGGGGCUGGCGCCGUGAAGGGGAAGGCAGGAGCUGCGGGGGGUGCAACUGGUGCAGGCUCGGUUCACUCUCGCUUGACGUUUCCUGGUAACCAGGGGGUUCAGGUCCCGCCGAACCUGCGCUUUGCCGUGGGGUCCGGGGGCGCAGUUGCGGGGAGGGGGAGGGGUGCGCGCGGGCGGGGAGCAGCGGGAGUUGGCAGGGGGGGAAUUGUUGCGGGAAGGCGUGGGGGUGCGGUUGUUGCGGCGGCGGGUGUGAGGACGCGCGCUACUGCUGCGAGGACUGCGUUUGGGGCGACCAUGUUCGGAUUGGGACCUAGAGGCUUGGUUCCUCGUGUGUUUCAAACCUGGCAGUCUCUAGAAGACGGCACGCCCGUUGUGCACGCCCGUUGUGCACGGUUCUGCGUGCCGUCGGAGGUGGUGGAGACGAUGAAGAAGCAACAUUCGAGGUUUUACGUGUUUCGAGAGGUGGUGGAGACAAUGAAGAAGCAGGAGGAGGCUGUCACCCGGUUUGGUGCUGCUGGUGCAGGGUUCUACGUGCCGCCGGAGGUGGUGGAGACGAUGAAGAAGCAGGAGGAGGCCGUCAGUCGCCAGGUGCUGCGCGCUGCCAAGGCCAUGUGCGAGCAGUUCAAGGUAUCAGCCGAGGCGGACGUGAUAGAGGGCGAGCCCAGGGAGUCCAUCUGUGAUGCCGUGGAGCAGCUGGGCGUGCAGCUGCUGGUGAUUGGCAGCCAUGGCUACGGUACCGUGAAGAGGGCGUUCCUGGGCAGUGUGAGCGACUACUGUGUGCAUCAUGCUGCUUGCCCUGUGGUCGUGGUUCGUAAGGUGUAA